AUGCUAAUGGCCACCACUCUCUCCCAUCUCACCCUUUCAAUUCUUCCUCACAGAACAAAUUAUCAAUCAACCGCAAAACUUCAUUCCAUCAAUUCAAGGUUGAAGAACUUUUAUACCCCAAAAGAUCCUCCCAUUGCUAACUUAAAAAAACUGUUGGAUCAAACUAGCAAUGUUCUAAAAACUGCUUCUCUUUCCCUCACAGCAAUCACCUUCCCCUUCUUACUAGAACACAAGGAUGUUGCACUUGCUGUUGAUGGGGAGUUUGGGAUGUUGGAGGGUAGAACAUUUGCUCUUGUUCACCCCAUUGUGAUGGCUUCUCUGUUCUUCUAUACCUUAUGGGCAGGGUAUUUGGGGUGGCAGUGGAGGAGAGUGAGGACUAUUCAGAAUGAGAUUAAUGAGCUUAAGAAGCAGGUGAAACCUACCCCAACUACCCCAGAAGGUAAAGCACUAGAAGAACCACCGUCACAAGUUGAACUCAAAAUUCAGCAACUUACUGAGGAGAGGAAAGAGCUGCUCAAAGGCUCUUAUAGGGAUAGACACUACAACGCAGGGUCUAUACUUCUAGGAUUCGGGGUGCUUGAGGCUAUUGGUGGAGGGCUGAACACAUGGUUAAGGACAGGAAAAUUAUUUCCAGGUCCGCAUCUGUUUGCGGGAACAGCUAUUACAGUGUUAUGGGCACUUGCUGCAGCCCUUGUACCAUCAAUGCAGAAAGGGAGUGAAACAGCUAGAAAUCUUCACAUUGCUUUGAACACUUUAAAUGUACUGCUCUUUGUGUCUCAGAUCCCCACUGGAUUUGACAUUUUGUUGAAAGUGUUUGAGUUCACUCAAUGGCCUUGAAUGUUCCCAUGUAUUUUACUUCCAAUUUGCAACACCAAAAUCACCCCAAUUUCACAUUUUAAGAUCACUCUAAUAAGGUACAGAAGUGUGCUUAAUGAAAGUGAA